GUCAAUUUUAAACAAUUACUUUUAAAACUUACGAUGUUACGUUUAGCCGUUUUGGGGAUUAUUCUAGGAUCAGUGACGUAUGUAUUCGGUAGAUGCACGGUUACACCACUAAGAACAGAAACUACAAAAUUAGGUAAUAAAAGACAAUACUGUGUACAUAACGUAACCCAGGGUAACGUCACAGUUCCUGUGGAGAUAUUGGUAGGAUCCCAAUUCCAGACCCCGGAAUGUGUCCGGUGCAAGUGCACCACCAUGGGGAUGAGUUGCUGCGGGUUUGGGGUUGCGGAUGACGCUGCAUUACAUGUACCACCAGGUUGCGCUGCUGUGGCAGAUGGUUGCGAGGUUGUUCUCGUAUCACUACAAGACAUGCGUACUGAUUGUUACAUUAAGAGUCCAAUGGCUUAUGAAAGAAACAUGCACAUGCGAAACCAACAAUCAAUAAUAGACUAUUUCUCCUACUCCAAUCCCCGCGCCAUGGAGAUUCUACGAAGCCCUGAAUUUAGCAGACCACCCCGGCGACGCGGUAACGGACAAGGGGGAGCUGGGGCGGAGGGUGGGGCAGGAGCUGCAGCAGAAGGGGGGCAGGAAGCCAGACCCAUGAUUACUGACGCGCAUUUAGAUGCAAUGAUGAUCUCAGCAAUGUUAGGCAGGCCGACUUAUGGUGGAUUCCGACCAAUGGAUGUAUUUGGUGCAAUGUUUGCCUAAGAAGACUUUGACACAAAAUUUUU